UAAGAAUGUCCAAACCAGCAGACCUGGAAAAGCCACGAGCCGAGUCCCAGCUGGAGCACACAGAUACAGAAAGAAAUGGCCCAGAUGCCAAUCACCAGCCACAACAGAGUAAAGUUCCUGCCUUCACAAUAUCACCCACUGCCUCUAGCACUAAGAUCAAGGCUGAAGACUCCAGCGAGAUGGCACAGGCACCUACACAGACAGUCCAGCAGGGGGCAGUGCAGCAACAGCAGAGUCACAUCCCUCCAGCCCAGUUAAUGCUUGCAGGGAGUCAGCUGGCAGGGGAUAUCCAGCAGUUGCUACAGCUACAGCAAUUGGUCCUCGUCCCAGGGCACCCUCUCCAACCUCCUGCACAGUUUCUACUGCCACAGGCACAGCAAGGACAACAAGGUCUCCUACAGACACCAAACCUAUUCCAGCUACCUCAGCCAAGCCUGCAGGCCCCUCCCAGGCCAGGGCUGUCAGCACAGGCAGUGACACGGACUGGCCUCCCAGACACUCAUCUUACACACCCACAACCUGCCAAGUGUAUAGAAACUUCAGCGCACACAGAGGAGCCCAGUGACCUUGAAGAACUGGAGCAAUUUGCCAGAACCUUCAAGCAACGCAGAAUCAAACUGGGCUUCACUCAGGGUGAUGUGGGGCUGGCCAUGGGAAAAUUAUAUGGUAACGAUUUCAGCCAGACUACCAUUUCACGCUUUGAAGCCCUAAACCUGAGCUUCAAAAACAUGUGCAAGCUAAAACCCCUGCUGGAGAAAUGGCUGAAUGAUGCAGAAACUAUGUCUGUGGAUUCAACUCUGCCUAGCCCCAAUCAGAUGAGCAGUCCACCCAUUGGCUUUGAUGGGUUACCAGGCCGCCGACGGAAAAAGAGGACCAGCAUAGAGACCAAUGUUCGCUUUGCCUUAGAAAAAAGCUUUAUUGCGAACCAGAAGCCUACCUCAGAGGAAAUCCUGUUAAUUGCAGAGCAGCUGAACAUGGAGAAGGAAGUUAUUCGAGUUUGGUUCUGUAACCGGAGGCAAAAGGAGAAGAGGAUCAACCCUGUUAGCACCACUCCACUACUUGUGUCCCAGUCAAAGCCCAUCUAUACCACUCAGAUGGUGACGAGUCAAGGGACAGGCAUAAACUUGCCAAGCUCACAGGCAUCUACCAGCCUCAGCACAACAGUAACAACCUUGUCUUCGUCACUUGGCCAUUCUGGGUCGGUUGGAAAUUCUUCGGUUGUUCAAACAAUGAAUUCAAUAAGCCCACCUCCUAACAACAGCACAAAUCCUAGUCCACAGAGUGGAGGACACCCACCCAUUAGCUUAUCGGGGUUGAAUCCCAGCACAGGAAACACAUUGCUGGGAGUGAACCCAGCCAUAAACUCUGCCCUCAUGGCUAACAAUCCACUGGCCACUAUCCAAGCACUGGCAACUGGUGGCACCCUUCCCCUUACCAGUCUUGAUGCAGGAGGUAACCUGGUUUUGGGUAGCAAUCCGGGAAGUGCAGGAACUCAGAGCAUUGUAACAUCACCCCUCUUCCUGAACCAUGCAGGGCUGCCCCUGAUUGGUGCCAGUCAAGGAGUCAGCCUUGUUUCUGCUGCUGCUGCAGCUGCUGCUGCUGUAGCCUCCUUGCCCACCAAAUCUCCAGGCGGCUCCUCUUCCUCUUCCUCCUGUUCAUCUUCCUCAUCCUGCUCCUCCUCCAUUUCCAGCGAGACAGCACAGAACUCCACGUUUGGUAUAGGAGCAUCAGCCUCUGAGGCAGGGGCUAAGAACGAGUGAGCAGCCUCGUCAGCCAGCUGAGCAGAGCACCGUCAGGAAGUGGUGCUACAUGUGGAUGAGAAAACAGCAAACUCCCAAAUAUUUCUUUGACAAAGCAUCUUUAUUUAAAGGGAAAAAAAGAGUAUUUGUCCACUAGCUUUAAUGAACAUUGGGGGACAAAAAUCUGACUAAUCCAAAUAUCACACCAAAUAACAAUAGCUUUACCCAAAGUUUCUGUACAUAGCUUUUUAUAUUAAGUACUUUAUUUGAAUGUUUUUUGAAAAUUUUU